UCUCAUAUAGUUUCUUUGAUGAAUAUCAUCGAGGAUGAUCCCAAGAAUGAUGCAUUAAGAACAGAAGCAUCCACCAUUCUGAAUAUUAUUGAUGACUUUGAAUUUAUAUUCGUUUUGCAUUUGAUGGAGAAAGUCUUGGGGAUUACUUGGGAGCUGUCUCAGGCAUUGCAAAGAAAAGAACAAGAUUUUUUUAAUGUAAUUGUUUUAGUGAGAAUUGCAAAAGUUAGAUUGCAAACUUGGAAAAGUGUUGGUUUUGAGAAGUUACUUGAUGUGGUAAUGGAGUUUUGUAAGAAGCAUGAUAUUCAUAUUCCAAAUGUGAGAGAUUUCUAUUAUCCGAAAAGAAGAUCUAGACAAAAUGCAUCCACAUUCAAGUUUUGGGAGUAUUUCAAAAGAGUUGAAAGUUUCGAUAAUGUCAAAGAUGGUGAUAUCAUGCAAUAUUUUCAAGCAAUGAAGCCUAGAAGAGUGCUUUUGUAAUGCUUGUGUAAUAUGACUUUUUGAGGAGUUGGUUGAUGAAGGUGCAAGAAAGAUAGGAAUGGUAGGGUUGCCACCCAUUGGGUGUAUUCCUAUUGUCAUCACAAAGCACUCCAAUGAGAGUAAUGCAAAAAGUCGUGGUUGUGUUGACAACUUCUCUUCUGUCAACAAAGAUUUCAACUCUCAACUCCAAACCUUUCUUGAAACCAUGCAGCAGAACUAUUCUCAUCAGGGUUCUAAGAUUGUUUAUCUUGAUAUUUAUGACAUUACGUGGGACUUGAUUCAUCAGCCUGCUAAAUACGGGUUUGAGGUUGUUAACAAUGGAUGUUGUGGGACGGGUGCGGUUGAGCUAUCGUUUCUUUGCAAUGUGGCAAGUUCGAUUUGUCCAAACACGUCAAAUUACGUGUUUUGGGACUCCGUUCAUUCAACAGAGGCGGCAUACCGUGCUAUAUUCGAAGCCCUUCGACCUACUUUUGAUAGCUUUUUUUAACUAAUUAAAUCCAUAAGAAUGACAAUAUAUGGUUAACAAGGAGAUGAAGCUCAAUUGGAGGAGCUCUCCUCCACGGCUCCACCUACAAUACCGGUUUUGCAGUGUGUUCAAAAUGCAUGUGGAGCGUGUGAGUGGGUAAAAU